AUGAGUAUUGGUAAAUAUAUAAUUCCGUUUUUGAUCUUACUUGGUGGUAGUUUAUGUGGGGAAUCAAAUAAAUAUUUGGUUUCUCUUAAAAUCACCGAAACUCUAGAUAAUUUUUUCAAGUAUGACAAAACAUAUCCAAUAUCUCAACACAUAAACCCAUUGAUUGAAAGUCUGUUCUCUAUUGGUAAAUACUCCGGGUUCGCAGGUAAUUUUUCAGAUUCUGCCCUUGAAAGGUUGAAAAGGUGUCCAUUAGUUGCUGAAAUCACUCCAGAUGUUGAAGUAAAAGCCUUUGAUAUCCGAUUACAAGUGGACGGUCCAAGGCACCUUGGCAGGAUAUGUCAAAAAGAUACAUUGCAUCAAACCUCUCCUUUCAACUACUGUUAUGAUGAGGGAACUGAGGUCUUAGCAUACGUGAUUGACUCAGGCAUAAAUAUACACCAUCCUGAAUUUGGGGGUAGAGCAGAAGCUGGUGCUGACUUCACUGGAGAGGGACCAGGAGACUUCAAUGGCCAUGGGACUCAUGUGGCAGGAUUGAUAGGCUCGGAGACAUUUGGCUCUUCAAAAAGUGUGAAAAUUAUUGAAGUCAAAGCACUUAAUUUCAUGGGGUCUGGAACAUUAAGUUCUAUAAUUUCUUCCAUAGAAUUCUGUGUUAACCAUAGGGAGCUGAGUGGCCUACCUGGUGUUGCUAAUUUGUCACUUGGAGCACCAAGAAAUAGAGCAUUGAAUAGAGCAAUCAAUGCUGCAGCUGAUACUGGAUUGGUUAUUGUGGUUGCAGCUGGGAAUGACAACUCAGACGCAUGCGGAACAAGCCCAGCAAGUGCCUCAAGGGCAAUCACUGUUGGAGCUAUUGAUGAUAUCGACGACAGUUUAUCCAUUUUCACUAAUUGGGGAGGAUGUGUCGACAUCUUCUCUAGUGGAGUUGAGGUAGACAGCAUUGAUUAUGCGAGCGCAGGUCCCAGCAAGAAGUCAGGAACAUCUAUGGCUUCGCCUAUUGUGGCUGGAUUGGCUGCAAAUCUAUUAAGUUUGGGAAACCCACCAGACAACAUACAAGAAUUAAUAAAAAGCAUGUCACUGAAAAAUCGAAUUUCCUUUAAAUCAUCUAUAACUCGAUUCGGAACUCCAAACAAAAUUGCUUAUAACCGAUUAGAAGGUGCCUGUGAGGAAUAUAUAUGA